AUGGAGAAACGCCGCAACUCCUCGAUAAGGCCCGCAAACUUGAAAACCCCACGGGAAGCAACUCAGCAGGAACAGAAGGAAGCAGGUCUUGCCCUCCUUAACGCGGAUUCUAAUGAAAUUUCGAGGCCGACGAUUGUUUCCGCGUCUUGGGAUAAAACCGUCAAGGUUUGGAACUUGACCAAUUGCAAGUUGAGAGUCACUCUCGCUGGCCACGCCGGUUAUGUGAACACGGUGGCGGUUUCGCCGGACGGCUCGCUGUGCGCCAGCGGAGGCAAAGACGGAGUUAUUUUGCUGUGGGACUUGGCCGAGGGUAAGAGGCUCUAUUCGUUGGAUGCCGGAUCGAUUAUUCAUGCUCUUUGUUUCAGCCCCAACAGGUACUGGCUCUGUGCUGCCACUGAGAGCAGUAUUAAGAUCUGGGACUUGGAGAGCAAGAGCAUUGUUGAGGACUUGAAAGUCGAUUUGAAAACCGAGGCUGAGAAAACUGACGACACCCAUGCUGCUACUGCCAACAAGAUUAAGGUUAUCUACUGCACAAGUUUGAGCUGGAGUGCAGAUGGGAGCACAUUGUUUAGUGGCUACACGGAUGGAGUGAUCAGAGUUUGGGGAAUUGGUCGCUAUUAGAAAGAAAAUCCAUGAUGAUUAUUUCCAGAUGCACUUUUUUGUUUCUAUUUUGAGAAGAAACUUUUCAGACCUUACUACUCAUUACAAGUAUCAGUACUUAGAAUUUUCUUUAGGGUUUUGCUGUGGGAGUGAUGAAUUAUUUGGUUUUCUUAAGUUUAUGUUGAAAUGACUUCGAGGUCAACAAUGUUUUGUCUUUGGAGUAUGCCAAAAUUCAGAGUUAAAUUUGCUGCUGAUAUUUUCUUUAA